CCUGUCGUCGGUCCCGACUCGACCUCGUCCUGCCAGGAAGUCCUUGUUGACUACUCGUUUGCAGCCUCUUACGGGCGUCCUUAUGUGGGGUCGUAUACACCGCCAGCAUGCUCGUUCAAUCGGGUGACCUGGAACCUGACGGUGGUUUCGGCGGGCAAGCAGUUCGACCGCCUUGGAACCGUGUCUUUGGGUGAUAUCGAGCUAUUCAGGACUUCAACUGCCGAGCCGACGCCAAAUGGUAUCGAAUGGCACUACCUGAAGGACAUGACCAGCUUCUUGCCAUUGUUCAAAGAAGAUCAGUCCCUCAUAUUCGACCUUGGCAACAUUAUUGACGAUGUUUACACGGCUCCGUUCAAUGUCACCUUGACAGCUUCGUAUUUCACUAUCAAAAAUCCAAGCUCGGUUCCCGCCGACCUCAUCGUUCCCGUCUCGAAGCGACUGGGCGCAACAGGUCAUCCGAGCUACUUCUUGUACCCGAACGAAACAGCGUCGAACGACCUGACGCUGCCGCGCAACGUCAAACGUGCUGUUUUCUCCAUCGCAGCUACCGGCCAAGCAGAAGAAGAGUUCUGGUGGAGCAAUGUCUUGCAAUCUGACGUCGAUGUCUUCGGCUCCGAUUCUCCUCUCUACGGCUUUUCUCCCUUCCGCGAAGUGCAACUCUUGAUUGAUGAUCAGUUGGCUGGAGUUGCAUGGCCAUUCCCAGUGAUCUUCACUGGCGGUGUCGUUCCCGGACUUUGGCGUCCAAUCGUAGGCAUCGAGGCCUUUGACCUGAGAGAAGACGAGAUUGACAUUACACCCUGGCUUCCACUUCUAUGCGAUGGCAACUCGCAUACAUUCAAAAUCAUCGUCACCGGACUGAACGACGAUGGGAAAGGUCAAGCAUCGCUAUCUCACACCACGGGCAACUAUUGGUAUAUCUCGGGUAAAGUCUUCAUCUGGCUUGAUGAAGAAGGACAUGUCACCUCAGGCAAAGCCCCUACUAUUGCCGUACCCGAUCCGACGUUCCAAGUGUCGUCCGUUCGCUCGCAGCUACGAAAUGGCACGAAUGACACUCUCGACUACAGCGUUCAGGCUCAGCGAGUCCUUUCCAUCCAGUCAACGAUCGAGCUGUCUUCCGGCGUAGAGCUGGCAACCUGGGAGCAAGAUCUCUCCUUCUCCCUGCAAGGCAACUAUACCGAUCAAGGUGCUGUACAAGUCACCACGCAAUGGACCAAUGGCCAUGAUAAGUCCUCCAGUGGCUAUGCACGUCAAUAUCAAUAUCCUCUGUAUGCACAAAACUCCUUCGUGGAGGAGAAAGACAAUAACUUCACUCUCAAAGCAACUAUCGAGCGUGGCCUGGAUCUGAAGCUCUACACCCCAACCGUCUUCCCGACCGGCCUAGACGACUUCGAUGCAGUCGCUGAGUCCCACAGCGAAUACACCGGCGCAUGGCUCUCGACCACUCAAAAGGGCGAAGCAACCUACUUGGCAAACACCACAAGCAAGAAGUCCUUCACAUUCGGCACCACCGAGCAAGAAUUGCGGCUGUCCGGCAUCAAGAACCCUCUCGAUCUGUUCGUCAUCGAGCUCGACACCGCCAGCGAAGAGCUCUACUACCGGCGCGCCGUAGCGGUAAAUGGGUCCAUUGUGGAAAAUACCGGGCGU